AUGAAGGACCAAGUGCGCAUUGUCCUUAUAGGCGAUGAUGGUGCUGGCAAAACGUCCCUCAUUGCCACGCUGCUCGCCGAUUCCUUUCAGGAAGUGCAUAAGAUGGAUCAGCAACUGCGCACGGCCGACGUCGUGUGCCUGUGCUACGCCGCCGACUCGGAGAACGUCGCCGAGCGUAUCACGCACUGGCUGCGCCACAUCAGACACACUCGCCAGGAAUGCCGCGCCCCACAGGUGCCGGUGAUCCUUGUCGGGAACAAGAUCGAUCUGCGAGGGGAGGAUCUUACCAACCCCAAGCUGCAAGAGGACAUGGAACCCAUCAUGGAAGAGUUCAAGGAAGUGGAGACGUGUAUAGAGUGCAGCGCCAAGAGCUUUCUGAACGUGCACGAGGUCUUCUACUUUGCUCAGCGAGCAGUGCUCUACCCGACCGCCGUCCUCUACGACGCGGGGUCGCGGAGCCUCCGUGAGGAGUGCGUCGCCGCGCUCAAGCGCAUAUUCAAGCUCUGCGACAAGGACAGAGACGGAAUUCUUUCGGACGAUGAGCUCAAUGCGUUCCAGGCGCGCUGUUUCGGGGCUUCGCUCGACCCCGCGGAGCUGCAGGGCGUGAAGGACGUCGUGAGGGGCAACGUGGAGAACGGACUGACCGAGAAGGGCCUCACCCUCACCGGCUUCCUCUUCCUGCACCACCUCUUCAUCCAGAAGGGCAGACUCGAAACCACAUGGACCGUUUUGCGCCAGUUUGGCUACGACGACAAUCUGCGCGUAGAUGUGGCAUCGCUCUGCCACUCGCUUCCCGCCCCGCCCCCGUCUCACGUCUACGAGCUCUCACAGGCGGGCGUGGCGUUCUUUUCUUCGCUCCACCGGGCGUUUGACAAGGGCGCCGGUCUCGCGCUGGACGAUCUCGACGACCUGUUCUCCACGGCUGCGCCGGGCCUCCCCGCCCUGUGGACCUCGGGCGAGUUGGACCCCGCGACCGCGACGCAGCUGAACGCCGCCCACAUCUCCCUUCGCGGCUGGCUCGCUCUGUGGAGCUAUACGACGGUGCAUGACCACAAGACGACGCUCGAGUAUCUCGCGUGGCUCGGGUUCGAAUCCGACCCUCAGCUCGCGCUCGCGCUCAAGCCGCGUCGGGAGGCCUCCGCGCUGCUGUGCCUCGUGGUGGGCAGCCCGGCGCUGACCGACGCCUUCCUGGGCGACUUCCUCGGCAAGCGCGAUCACGAGCCGUCGCAUGCCACGUCCACCUCCAUCACCACCACCACCCGGUCCCCGUCUUCGCGCCUGGUGGCACUCGGCUCCCUUCCCGACAUCAGCGGAACAGAGAAAUACGUCGCCAUGCGGAAGUAUGGCCUCGAAGAGACGGAGGCGCUGAGGACGCGCCUGCAUGAGGCGUCGCUGGUCAUCGUCCUCUACGACUCCUCCGAUUCGCGAAGUCUCAGCAACACAGCGCACGCGGGCGCGGAGCUCAACAGCCUCUGCCGGAACCGAGACACGCCCAUUCUUCACCUGGCUCUCCACCACACGGCUACGCUGAUGUUACAACAGGACGGGGCCACAGUGCCGGACCUGAGCGAAAACGGAAUCCACUUGGAGGCAUUUGCCAGCUAUUCGACCCUUCUCAUCAAAGCCCACCAGCUGGCGCGGAGAGAGCAGGAGUGGCAGUGGCUGCCGACGUGGCCGCAGGCAGCCCUCUUGGGCGCCGUGGCGGUGCUGGUGGGUGGCAUCCUGCUCUACAGACACUUCAAGGGCAGCAAACAAGCCUAG